ACAUCACCAAGAGCCAAUCAAAUGCGUGGGUUUAUACAUGGGAAGUCCAGCGCACUUGAUCCAUCGCGUUUGUUUUUACAAAAAGACAGCAAUGGUCGCUUUGUGAGCAGAUUUAUUUAUUAAGUGCAUUUUAUAAACGCAGAAAAUCGUUUUUGGACUAGUUCUGUGAUCGCUCGUUUUUUUAGACAGGUUGUUAUUUUUAGAGUAAACAUGUCGGUCAGGGGUUGAGUCUGUCCAUCUUACUGGGUUUGUUCUGGCUUGGUGACGCCUACAAUAAACGGAGACAAACAUGGCACAUAUGUACAUGAUGGCUAACCCUGGGAUGCCCAGUUACCCACCUGGGCUUGAGUAUCUGACACAGAUCGAUCAGCUACUGAUUAAACAGAAGGUGGAGCUCAUCGAGGCUCUGGUGGGCUUCGAGAGCAACAACAAGUAUGAAAUCAAGAACUCGAUGGGUCAGAACGUGUUCUACGCGGUGGAGGAGAACGACUGUCUAACGCGGCAGUGCUGCGGCCCUCUGCGCUCCUUCACCAUCCGCAUCCUAGAUAACUUCGGCCAAGAAGUGAUCACCGUCAGCCGACCCCUCAAGUGCAUGUCCUGCUUCUUCCCAUGCUGUCUGCAAGAGCUGGAGGUCCAGUCUCCACCAGGGAACGUUGUAGGUUAUGUGAUCCAAGAGUGGCAUCCUUUCCUUCCCAAGUUCACCAUCCAGAACGAGCACAAGGAGCCUGUGCUGAAGCUGCAGGGACCCUUCUGUGGCUGGAGCUGCCUUCCAGACGUCGACUUUGAGAUUUUGACCAUGGAUGAAGUGAGCAUCGGGAGAAUCAGUAAACAGUGGACCGGCCUUCUCCGAGAAAUCUUUACAGACACGGAUAACUUCGGGAUCCAGUUCCCCAUGGACCUCGAUGUCCGAAUGAAAGCGGUGAUGAUCGGACUCUGCUUCCUUAUUGACUUCAUGUUUUUCGAGACGAACAACUAACUGCUGAGCGAACAAAAGGAAGAAGCAAACGAAAGAAAGAAGCAGAAAGGAGAAGUAAAGGCGUCUGUUCCAGAAACAGGACUGGGAUGAAUAAAUCCCGUACCAUCGUGAUUAAUGAUUCCAGUUAAACAGAUCAGCUUAACCAGUCCUGCAUACGUUCAACCAGGGUCAUGGAAAAAAGUAAAACAAAAGAUGUUUUUCACACCAAAAGAAAAUGGGAAGGCUUAGGCUAAAAUAAAAUAAAAUAAUAUAAAAUAAAACAUAUUUUAAAAAAUAAACUGCUAUAUAGAGAAGGUUCUCUAGCUUUACUGCAUUCAGUAUUUAAGCAAAUUAAUAUUUAAUUUAUAUAAAUUGUUAGCCUAAUCAAGAAAUUCAAUUUUGGAACAAUUUUUAGGUCCAAACAAAGUAUCCAGUUAGUCUUUUAAUGUAAAUAAACUGAAAAGUUUUAUUGGAGAUUGGGGUGCGGAGUGAAGUGAAGUUAAUAUUCAGACAUUCAGUGAAACAUUUUACUACACGGAUUAAAUGUGAAUAUUCUCUUGUGAUAUUCAGAGGAGCUUGACUUUUUUUCUUCUUUUUUCUUCUUCUCCCAAAAUUACAGCAGAUUUUCCGUAGAUUCGAGCCGGGACGUGUCGUGUCACGUCAUCACAACACGCAUUCAACCAAAUCCCUCUUCCAGUCACGUGUGUGUGGAACAUGAGUACAGCUGUCAAGUCAUUACAUACGUGUCUCACUGAUAGGAGUGUAAAGAAGAAUCCUGUGCUUGCGAUUUCAACAACUGAAUUAGUUUAACAGAAAAAAUCCAGUUUUCACAGCAUUACUGCUUAAAUGUCGCGUUUGUGUUAAGCUAAGAAGCUAAAGAUUCUUUCUAAUCGUUGUAAAAUAAAAGAAAUCUGGAUUUGCCCCAAUCCCACUUUCUGGAACAGACCCUAACUGUCCUUAUUAAAUCCAUAUAGCCUUUAUAUACAGAGUUAAUAAAAAAUGAGCUAGAAUUAAUUUUUAUUUAGCCAUUAUACACUGUACUUGUUUCCCCCCCCCCUCUCUUGCCCUGAUCUCCUGCCCCACUUUUCAAGCAGAGCAGUUUAAGCAGUUAAGGUUUAAAGGUUCCCUGAAAUAUUUGGAUAAAACCCCUAGCUGCUGUGUGAUGAGGCUUUUGAGCUCAGUCGACUAACACCCCACCUGCCUUCCUUCCUUCCUCCCUUCCUUCCUCCCUUCCUUCCUCAGACUGAAGUAUGUGUAGAUAUUUGAAACCUGUAAGUGUGCAUCGUAAAGUGUAGUGGUUUGUAUUCCUGCUUCAACAGAAAAUCUACAAACGCAACACUUAUGUGAAACCGAAUAUUUCUGACCAUGACCAAAACUAUGUGACUCCUUUAUUUUAUUCUAUUUCAUUUUAUUUUAUUUUAUUCUGUUUUAUUUUAUUUUAUUUUUUAAAAAACCACAGCGCUGUUGAAUUGAUUAGCUGCUAGAACAGUAGCUCUGAUGAGGCUUAAAUAAAUAAAUAAAUCGUCAUUUUAAAACUAUCAGAUAAUUAACCUUGGACGUUUUGUUAUUUAACCGAGUGUAAGUAAUAUAUGGUGUGUGUUCUUUUUCUGUUCUCUUUUUUUUCUCUAUUUAUUUAUGUCACAUAUAUAGCAGGAGUCUCCUAUCAGCAUCUGCAAAUUUUCUGGAAAGUUUUUACUCUUUGUGGUCAUUUUUUAUUUUUAGUUUUAUUUAUCCUCUUAACUAUAAGAUAGGAAAAACGAGUGGUCAGCGAGGAAGCUGCUGUAAAGUAAGUAAACGUAAAGUGAUAGAAAGUAAGGAAAUGAGUGAAAAUGAGACUAACUGUUACAACGUUAAAUAUAAAAAUGAAAAAGAAUGCCAUGUUGUACUUUAAUACAAAUGAACUAAUUAAUUAUUAUUGUUAUUUAAUUAAUUAAUUUCCUUAUUAAAUUAAAUAGUUAAUUAAUUAAUUAAUUAAUGUCAAAUCGCUGUGGUACAAGGGGAAUAAAACACUUCUAUGUGGUCACUAUAAUAAGCCAUUUAAAUAUUUACACACCCUGAAUUUAUUUAAUUUUUUUCCUGAUUUCUAAUAUGUUCCUAUAUAUCCUUUGGAUGCCCUUUGUCACUGGAAAGCUGUUUAUGAGUCCAGAAUAGACAAAAAGGAUCUGUUGUAAAGCUACUGCAUUGAUGUUUCAUUUAAUUUCGUGUCACUGUGGGUUAAUAUUUAGACAUUUUUUGUUGUCAAACUCAUUUCCAAAACACACUCAUUUUUACAGUACUACCAAACGUCUGCAGUAGAGGGCAACAGCAGCCUGGCUAACCUCUGCAUCUCCUACCUUUACACUUCAGCCUUUUUUAUUAUUAUUAUUAUUAUUAUUAUUAUUAUUAUUAUUAUUAUUAUUAAUGCCAGUGUACACCAAUACUGUUUUGUUUUUUAAUUUAUUUUUAUUUUACUCAGGUAAACAUGCAUGCAACCUAUGCUUGCACUUUAAAAAUCUGUGUGAGUCUGUGAAGCUGUAGUUCACUUGAUGCCUGUUGUGCUCGUUAAUACAGAAUGUAGUCUACGCACUGCCUCCUUCCACAGGUUUUUAUUAAAUAAAUUAUUUAUUUUCAGCUUUCA